AUGGCUGUGAUGACUAAGCAGCGCCUCCGGAAAGGAGAACGUGACCCGCCCGGUGCGUAUCGGUUCAGACCGUUCACCCCCACGACUACCAGUGCUGCCAUCUCCGUUCUCUCUUUACUAACCGUCUGUUCAUCUCCCCCAGCCUUUCAGACGAUGGGCACGUCGGAACACUUCACGCUCGACCGCGGCCACACCCCAUUCGAUGGUACUGCCGACGUCCUCUCAGUAGGCAUUGACGCCUUACGCGAUACGCUCCUCCGUACCGCAGAUUUGACUUUCGACCUUCCCGACGAAGGUAGCCCCUCGAAUGGCGGGUCACACGACGCUUUCUACAUUCUGCUGCCUCUGGUCAUUGUGCUAUCGACGUUUCUCUUUCUUCUCCUCGUCUUCCUAGCAUGCGUCAUUCUACUCCGCCGGCGGCGCGGUAUCAUGCUGCGAGACAACGACGGCCCGAUUGACAUGAGCCGCGAAGAUCUCAUAGAGGGCGAAGGUGGCUUUGAAGGUGUCGAAUCGCGCUGGCUGGAAACGGUGUCCGAGGGCGAGCGCCGUGCGUAUCUACGGUCCAAGGAGUACCAAAUGCAGUACCCGCCAAAUUCGAUGCCGACUGAUAUCACCUUGUCGCAAUUUCUUUCCAUCCAAGAGAAAGGUGUUUCGGCUUGGUCCUUCGAGCCGGACUUCGAGGCGAUGAACUCGAUGCUUGUUCACGCCCGUACGGAGAUCACUUUUCUUCCAGACCCAUCCUCAGCCACUUCUGUCCAGUCCAACCUUCCUUUGCCAAAGCUUAACGAAGUCUAUUAUUGGGAAGUGAAGAUGUUCGAUCUACCGGAAACCACCAAUGUCGCGGUCGGACUCGCGACGAAGCCAUACCCCUCGUUUAGGCUUCCAGGCCUUUGCCGAUUCUCAGUGGCAUACCAUUCGAAUGGUGACAAGUCUCACAAUUGGCCGUUCACAGCAACACCGUGCGGCUCUCAAUUGAAAGAAGGCGAUGUGUUAGGCGUGGGAUAUCGUCCACGCACGGGCACGGUGUUCUUCACAAGAAACGGCCGGAAGACGGAGGACGCUUACAUUGGACUAAACAACUGGAAUCUGUUUCCGACUGUAGGUUCCGAUGGCCCAUGCAGUGUUCAUGUCAAUUUGGGCCAGUCCGGCUUCGUUUUCAUCGAGGCGAACGUGAAGAAGUGGGGGCUAGCACCAAGUGUUGGUACCCUUGCACCACCUCCACCAUACGGCAGCGAGCGCGGGAGUUUACUGUUGGCCGCCGGCGGCGACAUCAUGCCCAUACACAGUGGAGUUGCCUCUCCUCGAAGCCCACCGCAAGGCUCAUCUCGUUCGAGAGGUUCCCACCGCUCCCGGAGACCGAGAAGUGCGCUUUCCACCGCCACUCCAAUUGGUCCUGCACCACUGCCGGGCAGCCCGGUCACGUCGCCCAGUCCACCUGAGACCCCGCCACCGCCAAUUACGCCGAUCGAGGAGGAGGGCGAGAACAGUGGCGCGCACAACGCGUCGUCAGCACACCGGAGGUACCUAUCCCCCACUGAUAUGUCCUUCCACGCACCUCCUAAUGCUAAUAUACCUUCCUCACCGACCCAAAGUGCCGAUGCCCGCGAGUCUGCCCCAGCCGACGGCGACGGCGAAUGGUCCUCCGAUUCCGGCUCCUCGCGGUCAGACUCUCGCGACGCUGCACGCGCAGGUGCGAACCAAUUCAACGUGCCUCGCCCCCAGCCAUAUAUCGUCACUCACCCACGCACGGGCUCUCGCUCUUCGUGUGCAGGUUCCGAGCUCGCGAUUCACGUCCACCCGCCACCAGAUUCUCCAAUGAGCCCCGAGCCUCCCACGCCCGACUUGCGCGACAUCCGACUGCAAGCGUUAGCUUCUUCGGGCUCUUCUGCUCUUAACGCUGGUGCUCACAGUGCCAAUAGUGCUCAGGGCGCGGUGCAUCAGUUGACUGUGUCAGAUCGCGAGCCACCUGCGUACUCGCCUCUUGACGCAUACGCGUACUCGGAAGGAGUACAAAUAGACCUUCCUGCGGAAGUCAUUGCCGCUGCUUUGGAGAGAGGUGCGAUACCCCCUAAUGUGAUCGUUGGCUCUCAGCCGCCGUCGCGAUCCGACAGGCAGCAGAGUCGGAGAGAGAGACGAUGA